GAAUUAAGCCCACAAAUGAAUUUACUUUACUACAGUAUUUUGGACAGGGCGAACAGGGUGAGAGACAGAGAUUCUAGAGAGAGAAAGUAGAGCAGCUGCAACAAUGGGGAAAGAUCUAAGUGACGACCAGGUAUCUUCCAUGAAAGAAGCUUUCACGCUCUUCGACACCGACGGAGACGGAAAGAUCGCUCCGUCCGAGCUGGGCAUUUUGAUGCGGUCACUCGGAGGCAACCCGACCCAAGCCCUGCUCAAGUCCAUCGUCUCCGAGGAAAAGCUAACCUCGCCGUUCGAUUUCCCUCGAUUCCUCGACCUGAUGUCAAAGCACCUCAAACCGGAACCCUUCGAUCGUCAGCUCCGCGACGCGUUCAAGGUUCUGGACAAGGAUGGGACAGGGUACGUCGUCGUUUCGGAUCUAAGGCACAUUCUUACCAGCAUCGGAGAGAAAUUGGAGCCGGCGGAGUUCGACGAGUGGAUCCGGGAGGUCGAUGUUGGAUCCGACGGAAAGAUCCGGUACGAGGACUUCAUUGCUAGGAUGGUUGCCAAGUGAUGUGUGAUCUAUAAGUUGAGGUUCUACAGAUUUUGUGCAUGAAGGGGAAACCUUUUUUUUUAUUUUUUCGUUGUCUUACCUUUUUUUGGUACUGCAUAUUUUCAUUUGCUGUUUGCCCUUGUAUAGAUAAACAUUUUGUGAUACAAUGUUCGCAAGGGAUCUUUUGAAGUUUUCUGGCU